CCGCCGCGCGGGGGGGCCCGGGAGCAGCCGCGGCCGCCGGGGCCGCAGCGUCGCCGCUUCGAUACUGAAAGUACUGUUGAGAAAACAACAAAAUGAGUAGCCGUCGAAAACGCGCACCUCCAUCGAAAGUAGAUGAGGAGAAGAAGAAAAAGCUCUGCUGGAAUAUGCAUGAAGACCGGAGAAAUGAGAUGGUAACAUUAGAUGAUGAAGUGACUAAUGAGGACCACGUUCCAGUUCCAAGCACUUCUGCAUCCUUCAUUGUUAUAAAUGAUGAUAGCACUGAUGAAGAUCUCAUACAAAAAGAAGGCAGUGGCUCAAAAUCUGUUAAGUUUUUGACAGUUAAUGAUGAAGAAGACUCUUAUUCCAUCUUGACUCCUGUGUCUGUGCAACUAAAUAUUAUAGUCUUGCCAUACCGUGCAGAUGGGUCCUGGAAGGUUUUGUUGGGAGAGUUUACUCUUCGUCUUCCUUCUGAGCAAAUUCUAGCUGACGAAUUCCAUGAAAGGAGCUUUACUUUAAUGAGAGGAGACUCUGACGAUCAACUGCAGGUCUGUGUUCAUGAAAGAAGUGAAGAAGAGUACAGUAAUGAAACUAAAGAAUACCUGGGCGCUUAUGAACAACGUAUUUUGGUGGAACCAACUUUAAGUGGUGAAAUAUUGGAAGGCUUGAGAUGGUUGCAAAAGAAGAAGAUAAUUGGGCUUUAUCAAAGACCUGGAGAGGCUCAGACUUUAAAGGUUGGAAUUUACCUUCUUGAAUCUGGGCUAAGUAAACCAGAAUUUCUCAGUGAUGGAGGUGGAAGACCUAAAAAAGCUAAUCAGCUGAUUCAAAAACUCAUGGAAAAAUUCUACAGUUUUUUAAUUCCAGGAUAUAUUUUUAUGGAUGGCGUGGUUCAAUGCUGCUUAGAGGUGAAGAGGGAUUUGCUGGAAGGGAAGUCAUGCCCCUCAAAGUUACUGGAGCAAGAAUGUGGAUUUGAGUGAUUGGGUUGCUAGUUGCUAUGUCUUAACUUAUCAGAAGGCGUGUAACCAGCUCAGGUUCAUAAAGGAGCUGUGUUGCCAACGGGUAAAUGUUCUGACCAUUUUUCACCAUGUACGUUUUGAUGUAGCAUAAAAUAAUAAUAGAGUCUUGAUUUUAUGCCAAUGAAUGCC